ACCUUUCUCCAUUCCUCACGAGCUCUUUACGGAGCGUUUCGUUAACAGUUGCACAAUUCCUGCAUUUCCCUUUCGGUGUCUCAUUCUUUCUUCAUUGUUUGUCACUCACUGUUGGGGUUUGCUGAGGGGCAGGAGGCAUUCCUGAACAAAGGACAAUAACGCUCUCAACAAACAAUGGAUAACCCGUACGGACCCUCAGGACCCCCGGGUUACUCUUCUUCUAAUCCUCCUGGAUACGAUCCCGACGAUAGUUCACAUCCUCAUAAUUCGUCUGCUGGUUCGCAGAUGAGAUUGUUGGGCAAUAUGGACGAUCAGCUAUACACUGCGUAUGUCAUUCGGGCCUUGAAAGUCUUUCUGUUUGUGCGCUAACUGGUUGGCUAGGCCGAGUACACCUCAUCGCUCUUACCACCCUAACGAUUCCUACCGAGAGCUUCCGCCAGUGGAGAGUUCGGCUGGUCCUUCGAGGGCUGCCCCCGCAAUUGCGUAUCACACACCGGGUAGAGCACCGCCUUCCGCUGUCGAUUUCGAUGUUGCGCCAGCUUCGCCGACUCCUUCUGCAAGAGGCGCAGGUGGAUAUGUCACGUACUCCCCUUCUGUUGUGUCGCGCAAUGGAGGCCGUCCGUGGACUCCAUCCUCCAAUGGUGGAAACGAGAGGCCUUGGACACCUUCGUCGAGAGGUGGGAUGGAGAGGUCUUGGACUCCUUCGCGGAAUAGUAGCGAUUGGCAGCGUCCGCCCCCGGCUUCAGUACAGUAUGAACCGGCUGAUAUCAAUGGAUCUCCGAGACCGGGGACUCCGGCUUCAAUCAGGUCGAGGUAUAGUGGCGCUUCUAGACGGCCGCUGCCCGCACAACCCCGUUACUCGAAGGGCCCUCUUCCGCAUGGGCGCGGAUCUGUUUAUUCUGACGAGACGGCAGUUCCUGUCUCGGAGCCUGGGGAUUAUGGAUAUACGGACGAUGAAUCAGUGUUCGGGCCUCAGGGUUCGAAAGGAUCAUUGGAUCUCGAUCACGAACGCACACACUCAAUGUCAGGGGAGUCUUUUCGGACGGAGCGCACUGUGACUGCCGAAGAGGAACUGGACGAGAAGCCAGCUACAACAAAGACGGCCGUUGGAGAGCAUUUCGGACCCCCGCCAAAGGCCCCACAGACCCGACGUGGCCUCAACAGACAAGCGCUCAUGACAAGAAAGCAGGUAAAACUCAUUAACGGCGAGCUGAUCUUGGAUUGUAAGAUUCCUACGAUUUUAUACUCUUUCCUCCCGCGAAGAGAUGCUACCGAGUUCACUCAUAUGCGCUACACCGCUGUGACUUGUGAUCCUGAUAACUAUGUUAAGAGGGGUUACCUCCUCAGACAGAACUUGGAUGCUACCCGAAGGGAAACAGAGCUUUUCAUCUGUAUCACCAUGUACAACGAAGAUGAGAUGAACUUUACACGCACCAUGCACGGUGUUAUGAGAAACAUUGCCCACUUUUGCUCUCGCAGCAAGUCCAGAGUGUGGGGGAAGGACGGGUGGCAGAAGAUUGUUGUCUGUAUCGUGGCCGAUGGCCGUAAGAAGGUUCACCCUAGGGUUCUUGAUGCGUUGGCUGCCAUGGGAGUCUACCAGGCCGGUAUUGCAAAGAAUUCCGUUAAUGGGCGUGAGGUUAAGGCGCACGUUUACGAAUACACGACUCAGGUCUCCCUGGACUCUGAUUUGAAAUUCAAGGGUGCCGAGAAGGGUAUUGUUCCUGUUCAGAUGAUUUUCUGCCUGAAGGAACUGAACGCCAAAAAGCUCAACUCCCAUAGGUGGUUUUUCAACGCUUUUGGUGCUACGCUUAAUCCAAAUGUUUGUAUCUUGCUUGAUGUUGGGACAAGGCCCGGGCACGACAGUUUGUAUCAUCUUUGGAAGGCGUUCGACACAGACUCUAAUGUCGGCGGUGCCUGUGGUGAGAUUAAAGCGAUGAAGGGAAAGGGGUGGAUGGGAUUGUUCAACCCACUUGUUGCCAGUCAAAACUUUGAGUAUAAGAUGUCGAACAUUCUCGACAAGCCACUGGAGAGUGUUUUUGGAUAUAUUACCGUGCUUCCUGGGGCUUUAUCCGCCUAUCGUUUUCACGCCUUGCAAAACGAUGAGAGUGGGCAUGGUCCGCUGAGUCAAUACUUCAAGGGAGAGACGCUUCAGGGCAAGGAUGCCGAUGUCUUCACCGCCAACAUGUAUCUUGCUGAGGACCGUAUCCUGUGCUGGGAGCUCGUGGCUAAGAAGAAUGAGCGAUGGGUCUUGAAAUACGUACGAAGUGCUACUGGAGAGACCGAUGUUCCAGAUGCGGUUCCAGAAUUUGUCAGUCAGCGCAGGAGAUGGCUUAACGGAGCAUUCUUCGCAGCGAUCUUCUCGUUGGCGCAUUUCAAACAGAUCUGGGUGACGGAUCAUACAAUCGUACGCAAGGUGUUGUUGCAUGUUGAAUUCAUCUAUCAGUUUUUCAGUUUGUUGUUUACAUUUUUCUCAUUGGUGUGUUCCCCCCCCCCCCCGGAAGAUCUCGAUGGUGGAUGCUAACAGUGGCCAAGGCAAAUUUCUACCUCACGUUUUAUUUCAUCGCAGGCAGUCUUUCGGAUCCAGAGAUGGACCCGUUCGGUAAGGGAUGGGGUGGCAGGAUAUUCACAUUCUUGAGAUUCAUGUGUGUGCUCUUAAUAUGCACACAAUUUAUUUUGUGUAUGGGCAAUCGUCCACAAGGGUCAGUUUACGUUGCUCUCCACAGGUAAUCACUCGGGUAUUCUGACUGCCGAUUAGGGCCAAACGAAUGUUCAUGUCUUCUAUGAUUGCGUACUCGGUUAUCAUGGCUUACACAACUUUCUGUUCGUUCUAUAUUGUUAUCAAGGCUUUCUCCGGUGGUUUCGGAGACCAGAAAACGGAGAUCGAGCUCGGCGAUAAUAUCUUUACCAAUUUGAUUGUCAGCACAGGAAGCACACUUGGUGUCUAUUUCCUGAUGAGCUUCCUCUACCUUGAUCCUUGGCAUAUGUUCACGUCCGCACUCCAAUACUUUAUGAUGUUGCCGAGUUAUAUUUGCACUCUCCAGGUCUACGCGUUCUGCAACACGUAAGUGGUUCAUUCAUUUCCAUCGACCGAAUGGCAACUGAUGAUAAUAGUCACGACGUUUCGUGGGGAACCAAGGGAGACAACAAAGUUUCCGUGGAUCUUGGAGCGGCUGUUGGGUCAAAAGGCGACACCGUUGAGUUGGAAAUGCCAUCUGAGCAACUCGAUAUCGAUUCCGGAUAUGAUGACGCGUUGCGAAAUCUCAGAGAUCGGUUGGAGGUUCUGAAGGAACCUAUGACGGAGGGUCAAAUAAAGGAAGAUUACUACAGGGCCGUGAGAACCUAUGUCGUCGUCGUAUGGAUGGUUGCCAAUGCAAUCUUGGCAAUGAUCGUCACGGAGGUUUACGGACUCCGUGGUAUUGGUAAUAAUUUUUAUCUCAAAAGUAAGUCUCUCCAUAUUUGUACAUUACUGGUAUAUUGCGCGGUGAUGGCUGACUAUAUACUUUCCCGAAUCGAUUUAGUCCUCCUCUGGGCCGUCGCUGCGCUGGCUGUCUUUAGAGCUCUGGGGUCUAGCGCUUACUUGGUUCUCCAGGCCAUCCACUCCUUUGUUGAAGGCCGCAUGAAGUUGGAUCCGAAGACCUUCGCGGAUACGUUCCAGCCUCCAUGGAGGAGAAAACUCAGAUUGGCCGGCGUGAGUCAGAGUAAUCUUGGAAGACCGUAGUUGGCGCACAAUAUCCCGUAGUCCUUUGGAGUUUGUUUUUCAUUUUUUCAUUUUUCAUUUUCAUUUUCAUUUUCUCCUCUUGUUUAAAAUGACUUUGGUUUACUUUACUGAAUUCUGCCGAAAUGGUGCCAUGAGUAAUGUGUGUCUGUCACUUUGAAUAGCAUGGCGGAGACCGGAGGGGAUGGAUGGAUGUGGUCGGGUGGUAUCAUCGUUUCAUCAUGUUAACAUGGGGAUUUCUUGAGCCAUGUUUUUCAUUUCAGAAUGUUUACCUGGGGUAGAUUUCGUUUUUUUUUAUAGUUUUUCAUUUGGGAUGACAUCUUGUAUCAUACCGGUACCUCAUCCCCCGGCCGUGAUACGAUUGUUGGUAUGAUAUAUGUUGGGUUUCUCUGGUUGAUUAUGGCUGGGAUUGGGCUGGGAGGUUGGGACACGAUUGGUGUGUAAUAACGAUAAGCGGGUGGAUUAACUUGUGCGAGUCUGAAUUUGAUGUAUGCAAUUGGUGAAAUAUCCAAGGAAUGAACGAACGAACAAACAAACAAACAAAAUAAAUAAAUAAAUAAGGGGAAGGGUUGAAAUCCUGUCUUGUCUUGUUAACUUGGCACAGUAUAAUACGGUACGGUACUAUAGUAAUAGUAGUAGUAAUAGUUGGUUGUCUUAUGCAUAGCAUCUCGGGCUCUUCGACCCGGUCAAUGAAUAACUUCGGGGACGAAAUAUUC